CGCAAUGUGAACGGAAAUGGCUUCUGUUAUUUUACAACAUUCAUCUAUUUUACGAGGACUCCGUAAGUCUAUAAAGUAUUUUACAAGCUUUUGGGGGUAUCACUAUGAUAUUAGGAGACUUUUCUCCUACAUUAGGUUGCGCGGUGUGGACUCUGUAGAUGAUGUUAAGAUGAACGAGUUUUAUUCAUUUUAGUUGCUUGCCUUGUUGUAGCGUCCUGCAGCCACUGCACUUGAGAUAAAAAAAAAAAAACGGACUAUUGAAUUCAUCUGAUCGGAUGUUUUCUCCCCGGGUCACAUCUUGAUAGUUCUUUUUUUUGUGGGUUUUAAUAUGCGAAAUGAAAAGCUAAAUUAAACAUGACCAGGCACAAACAGGGAGUAAGGCAGGAUUGAUUUACUCGCUGUAUUGGUAAAUACGACCACGUGAUCCAUGUAACCAAUCCCUGUAGAUGCAGGCCAGCAAAAAAAAAAAAUACUAUGAUUGUUCAUAGAGGGACGCUUCCCGUAACAGUUCAACCCUUAUUAUAUGACUAGUAAGAGAUCAAAAAUGUCGUCCAGUGGCACUCUCAGUAACUGCUAUGUGGACGCUGUAAUGGGGCAGGAGCCGGAGGAUGCGUGCGCUCGCUUCAUCCAGGCUCCGCACACCGUGACCUCGAGGCCGUCAAGUGUCGGGGACAACGCAGACUUCUCCUCGUGCCAUUUUGCAUCCAAGUCCGCGGUUUUCUCGUCGUCCUGGUCCUCGGUUCACCCGCAGGGGAUUUAUCAUCCGUACAUGCACCACCACCACCACCACCACCACCACCAGUCCCACCUCCCCGCCUCGGACGGCAGAUAUGUAGGCGUCCGCUCGUGGAUGGACCCCAUCCCCAACCACGUUUCGUUUGCCGGAUUCCACUCCGGCGGUCGCUCGUACGGAAGCAAGCCCGAGGUCCCGCCACCGAAGGCGGCGCGGUGCGACGCCCCGGAGUCGGAGGCUCGGCCGCUCGCCGGUGAAUUCUCGUGCGCCGUGUCGGAGUGUCAGGAGAAAGCCUCCGCGGAGCUCAGUGGAAGUGAACUUUCGAUUCACAGCGAGCCGAAAGAGGAGAAGCAACAACAACUUGACCCAAGCAACCCGGCAGCAAACUGGAUUCACGCACGCUCCACGAGAAAGAAGCGCUGCCCGUACACGAAAUAUCAGACUUUGGAGCUGGAGAAGGAGUUCCUCUACAACAUGUAUUUGACCAGAGACCGACGCUACGAGGUGGCCCGCAUACUCAGUUUAACCGAGAGACAAGUGAAGAUCUGGUUCCAGAACAGGAGGAUGAAAAUGAAGAAGAUGAACAGAGAGAGGAGCGGCAGAGAGCUGCUGUGAAAUCACUGCCUUUUUGACACAUUUGUACGCGAUCUGAACAAUUUCCAUUCGUUUUGGUAGGAGCAACGGUAGCCAUUGUAUUAUUUUAGACCAUGGAGUAAUGUUGCGGGCCAGUGUCAUACAGUUUGGGCCUUCGGAACCGCCUAUGCAGGAAUGUGUCUUCGUGACAGUCGGAGUGGAGCCGUCAAAUGUCGUUUCAUCUGAUAUUUUCCUCUGUUCUUGCAUUUCGCUCAACCGCAUGUCAGUAUUUGGUGCGCGUCCCAUGUCUGUAACGUGUUCAUGUGUAAUGCUUUAGUUGUUAAUAAUUUGAAAUUGUAUAUAAAACAUUUUCACAGCU